AUGUCGAUUUGUAAAUGCGGAUUGAUGAGUUUUCUUAAUAUUUCAUGCCCGCCAAUGAUGGAGAAAUGGGAGGUGGUUAAAGAAACUGUAAAUAACAACGCAAGCGGUCGUUCCGAUGCUGAUAAACAAGAGCAUUGUGACGAAGAAGACCAAGUGUUCGAUGUAAUGACUCUGAGAAGAUUGGUGAAGAUAGAGAGGCAGCGAGCGCAUGAUGCUUACAUAGAACUCGAGAAAGAGCGAAUGGCAUCCACCACUGCAGCCGAGGAAACAAUGGCUUUGAUUUUGCGUCUUCAGAAUCAGAAAAGCGUCCUUGAAAUGGAAGCCCAACAACAUCAAAGAUUGAGUCAUGAAAAGCAACUCCAUGAUCAAGAAGUUAUUCAAUCGUUGAGGUGGAUUGUGAUGAAACAUGAAUCGGAAAGAAGCAUAUUGGAAGAUCGUUUAAGAUUGUAUAAACAAAGAUUGAAGCUGUAUCAGAAUUACGAUGGUGAAGAUGGAAGCGAAUGGAUUAAUGGAUCUUUGAGUCGUCUUGAUAACCUCGAUGAAGGGCUCGUUAGCUCUCUUGAAUUGGGUUUGUCGCCAUGGUAA